CCGUCGGGAAAAUACUUUACAGGUUUGCAAACCAGUAAUUAUCCAAUACUUUUGAAAGUUGUAUUACUAUUUGACUUGAGUCGCCGAGUUUUGGGAGCUUUUAAAACACGAUGAGGAUAAAAUAGCAGCGUGUAGUGGAUUUGGAUAUUCAGACGAUUCUAUGAUUGACAAUUUGGAAUUAUGAAGGAAUUCGACACAACGUUUGGUCUUAGGAAGUCACCUCUUACUCCAAUUUCUACGUCACAGUGGAUCAUUCUAUCGAUUCUCUUUCUGAUGGCAAGGCAAGGGAGUGGUCAGAUAUGCAACACGCCUAAUUGGCGAGAAUAUGGCAAUAAACAGUACCUUCUAGUGAGUAACAUUGGUAGAACAUGGAAUGAUGCUAAGGAUUACUGCCGUUCACAGGGCGGAGACCUCGCAGUUAUAACUUCUCAUGAACAAAACUCUUUCUUGAACACUUAUACAUUGAAAAGAACGAGUGGAUAUUUCUACUGGAUAGGCCUGAGUGACAUAGAUGGUGACGGGGGAUACACUUGGGUAAACAACACUCCAUCCGGGUUUUCAAACUUAAGACCUCAGGGCGAACAAGGAGGAUGUGUUCGGCUCACGACGACUCACUCAGGACAAUGGGAGGGCAGCGACUGUGCAAUAUCACGUGUUCAUAUUUGCCAGCGUGAUUCAGAUCCUCGUUGUUCUUGGCACCAGUACGGGCAAUCAUUCUAUCGCUUCAUGGGAGAUGGGAGGAGUUUUGAUUCAGCACAGACUGAAUGCGCGAAUAUCGGAGGAAGAUUGGCGGUUAUCAGAUCAACAGAAAUUAAUACAUUUCUAGAAUCGUUUCUUACACCAGCUCUUUCCUCUCCUCAUUGUUACUGGAUUGGUUUAAGUCGAAGUUCAGAUAGUGAGCCAUUUAGCUGGAAUGAUGGUAUUAACUUGAAUGACUCUCAAUGGGCUCCUGGAGAGCCACUGAGUUCGACAGAACGGUCCUGUGGAUGUUUAUGGUCUGAUGGAAACAAUGCUGACAAUAACGGUCGAUGGGACAGUCGGACUUGUGGAGACACACUGCCUUACAUCUGUGAAAGACCGCAAAUCCCACUUGAUGGAAAAUGGAUAGAAAUUGCAGCAGUGAAUGAUGUGCAGUAUUACUUCUCAACAUUUUCGUCGAAUUAUUUCACUGCAAACGAGUAUUGUCAGCAAAUAGGUGGACAUCUGGCGCAAAUGAAAACAUCAACCAUUUAUGUAAGUUAUUUCACAUGAGUGUAAUUAGAAUAAUUAUAUGAAUCCAAUAUAUUGCAAGACAUUGCGUGGUAAUUCUUAUUUAUCACGUGUUCUUCCUUCAAAGGGUCUGUUUUAUGCAUGCACU